AUGCUCUUUCUUUUCUUUUCAUUCUUUAUUCUACACGCAAAUGCAAUAACGGAAUGUGAUGUUUAUCCGUGCUCUCGAGAUGUCAUUAUCGUUAUUGAUUCAACGGUCAACAUGCUCAACGAUGCAAAUGUGAAAUUGCAAAUCGAUUUUGUCAAAAGCUUGAUUUCUGGUUGGAACCUUGGAAACGACAAUGGUCUUUUGACACGAGUAGCCAUUGUUGGCAAUGGGAUCUUGGAAAUUAUUGACACAACAGACUAUCUUACGGAUGGAGUCGGACUACAAAACACGCUGAAUCGAAUGGCGAACGAGGCCAGUCUCUACGGACUCAGCGAUUUUCGUUUUAAUCAAUUGAUGGAUUGGAUCAAUCGAAAAUACAACACAAAUUACCCGUAUCCGGCUCGUGAUUUGAACAAAGUCGAGAAAAGGAUUCUCGUGUUCACACCAGAAAAUCAAACGAGCAGCAUCGCCAGCGCUCAAGCCUCGAUCACGAACCUCACCAAUAACAACUUCAAAAUCUCACUCAUCGCAAUCACUCCUUCGAAAGUCGACCUCUUCAACUCGCUCACCGGCAUUCAAAAGAAGUUUUCCAUCACCAACCUUAAUUCCAUUCCUUCUACGUUGAAAAAUGACUUGAUUCAACAAGCGGUAUGCUCAGAUCAAAAAACUACUUGUCCCACAAUGACUUCUCCAGCUACCACGACGCCGGGUGCAUUGCCGACAGUCAGCUCAAGCGAGUUCUUUGUGAACUGUUCAUGCACAGCCUCUUCACUAUGGCUGGAUAUUGUCGUCGUUAUCGACACCUCAAAGAGUAUGGGGAAAUUGGGCCUCGCGCAAGUUCAAAGUGAUGUCGCCUCGUUGAUGAUGUGGCUGACUGUUGAUUCAAAAGUAGCGCAAGCAAGCCGAAUUGGCAUUGUCACUUUUUCGAAAUCAGCAAAAGUGCAGAACCCUCUCGGUUCACUGGCUACCGAUGAUGAUGUAAUCAACGCACUUUUCAACCUACAAGCCACCACCGAUGAACAUCUCGAUCUAGUCACAGCUCUCGACUAUGCGGAAUUGACAAUGGAAAAGGGAGGUAAAGGAAAUCCGAAAGUCAUUUUACUCUACAGUUCCGCUUACAACGAACAAGGAGACCCAGAGUCAACAGCAGCUCAAUUGAAAGAAUCGGGUUAUACGAUCAUCACAAUGGCUGUCGAGAAGUCAGGGCAAACUGACGUAGUUCGGCAUCUCAGCAAACUCGCAAGUCCAAAUAUGGGAUUUGACAGUGUUGAUACGGACUCCCUUCACAAAGUCGUCGAUGCUUUUUGUCAAGCGAAUUGCUUUUGCAAACGAGGAUGGGAACAACUCAGCUACAACGAGAGAAGAUAUGGAGAGUGUUUAUGGCACUCGGCGACAACAGCUUCCUGGAAUACAGCGAUGAGUGAAUGUCAAAAAUUGGAUGCACACGAAGCAAGUCAACUGAUUUAUCUCAACUCGAAAGAAAAAGAGAAUUUCACGGUUACAGAGCUUGCACACAACGCACAAGGGAUCCAAUUUUCCUUUCAUGUGGGUCUGAGAUACGAGACGACAAUCUCCGGCUAUCAAUGGAUUAAUGGAGUCAAAAAUCUUCCGUACACAAAUUGGGAUACCAAUUAUCCAGACUCUUCCAAAGGAUACUGCAUUGACCUUUACAGGAAUAGCGGCUUCCGUUAUACAUGGAGAAACGAAGACUGUACAACAAACUUAUUGAACUACAUUUGUCAAGCACAAGCUUGCGAUUCCGAUCAUUAUUGCCCUCCCAAU